UUCUUCUUCGUUCUCGAUGACCGUCAGUCCGGUGGUGACACUAACCGUGCAGUCCGUUGUAGAUCCUAGAGGCAGCUAUACAGUUUUCCACAAUGUGGAUGAGUACAGUGUAUAAUAAUAUGAUAUUGCAAGCCAGGGCACUCUUGCCGUUUAGUGUAAAUGAGAGGUGUAUCUACAGUGACAGUGUUGGCGUUGGUUGUCAAGUGGUAUCGAGGCAAACGAGGCAGGGGUAAACCCAGAGCAACCUACUUGGAGAGCCUAAACAGAUGAGUGGCGGGGAAGGAUCAGGAUAAUGUCGCUUUUUUAGAGCAUCCGCGGAAAAGAAUGAAAGGAGAAUCGUGAUCGCCGAAGUCAGUCGCAGAUCUGGCACUUGAUAACGAUGAUCCAUCGUGAGCUGAUCUGACUAUAGAGUGGGAAAUGAAAGUUAGGCAACAGUUGGAGGAACAAACUAUACAAGUGCAGAAUGAGUCACACCAGGUACCAUUUAUAACGUGUGUGGUGCAACUCCUGGUUUUUGUAAGUGCAUCGCUUUACGUGUGAGAUAUCAAUUUGGAAUAGCAGACUUCAAGAAGAGGAUGGAUACAGCUGCAUCCCUGGGCUAUCAAAGAGUGGAUUUACAAAGAUUCGCAUUGCGGGUACAGAACUGAGUUUAUGAGGACUUCUGCUGAGCAGCGAAACGGGAGCUGGACCAUCAAUGUUCUACAUGGGACCUGCUUCCACCCCUGUUGUUCUUCUGGUCUCCAGUGCCAUCAGUGCACUACUUUAGAGUACAAGACAUGCAGAGACCCGUACUUCACAGACAACUUGGGUGACUGUGAUGACGACCAGUAUUGUGUCAAGUACAAAACAGUUGUCAAGAUCCGAGAUUCCGGCUACAUUAAUGGCUGGGAGAGAUUCUCCCAAGUUGUAACAAGAACAUGUGAGCCCAGACAAGGAAAAAAAGAAGGCUGCAUUGGUUGGCAAAAUAAUGGUGGCGUCACAAUCAAGUGCUGGUGUGGCUCUGAUGGUUGUAACGGCAGUUCUGUACUUGGACCCACGACACUGGUUAUUUCUGCUGCUUGUUUGAUAGUUCUUUGUUUGCUCAGUUUCAGACAAUGAUUGAUUGAAAGCUUGAAAUGUUUUGAAUGCUUGCAGAUUGUUGGUUUUUUGUAUGGUUAUUUUUGAGAAAUUGAUUGGUUGAAUGUGUAAGUUCUGGUUGCCUGUAGGGAUAAUUGUUCUGUGUAAGAGAUUUUGAUUGUGAAAGCUUGAUGUAUGCUCUAGGAACACGAAUAUGUACAGGGAAUGAUAGUAUCUUUUUCCACAGAUUUGAUAGUAAUGUACUAUGUGCCUUAUGGGUAGGAUUUUUACUCUUUACUCUCAUGUAGCAAUGAUUUAUUUUAUUUUCUAUUAGGAAAGUUGAGACAGUCAUAAACAAAUUUUAAAUUCUAAUUGGUUUUCGUAUGCAGCUUAUUUGUAAGAGUGAGGAAUAUUGCGCAGCAACUUGUUUGGUAAGCUUAUUCAAGGCCAUCUUUAGGGGUGAAAAGUCAAACUGUUGAACAAGCUGCAUGAAUUUUGGCAAAUA